AUGGCUGACCGUCAAUAUCAACAACAAAUUAUGUAUCCUCUGAGGCGAUCUGGGUCUUUUACGCAAAAUGUGAAGAUACUUAAACCGUUUGAUUCCGGUGACAUAAAAAUUUUAUUAUUGGAGAAUAUAAACGAGACUGCCGUCGAAAUUCUGACCAAGGAAGGAUACCAGGUCGAAGCUCACAAAAAAGCUCUUCCUGAAGAUGUCCUUAUAGAGAAAAUUCGCGAAGUUCAUUGUAUUGGGAUUCGCUCGAAAACGAAGCUUACAUCGAAUGUCCUUCGCGAAGCAAAAAAACUUUUAGUUAUUGGCUGCUUCUGCAUCGGUACGAAUCAAGUUGACUUGGAUUAUGCCGCUAAGCGAGGUAUUGCCGUGUUUAAUUCUCCUUUCAGCAACAGUCGAAGUGUAGCAGAGUUGGUUAUUGCGGAGAUCAUCACAUUGUCGAGACAGGUGGGUGAUCGUAAUAUUGAGAUGCAUCAGGGGAUUUGGAAUAAGGUAUCCUCGGAAUGUUAUGAAAUUCGUGGAAAGACUCUUGGGAUCAUUGGUUACGGCCAUAUUGGGACGCAACUGUCGGUUCUUGCCGAAUCCAUGGGGAUGACCGUGUUCUUCUACGAUAUAAUUCAGAUUAUGCCUAUAGGAACUGCAAAACAAGUUGGCUCUCUUCAAGAGCUUUUUGAACGGGCCGACUUUGUCAGUAUACAUGUACCAGAAACUAAGGAAACCAAGAACAUGAUUGGUCACGAAGAGAUUAGCAAAAUGAAGAAAAGAAGUUAUCUGAUUAAUGCUUCACGCGGCACCGUCGUUCAAAUUCCGGCUCUAAUAAAGGGUUUGCAAAGUGGUCUACUAGCAGGCGCAGCAAUCGAUGUUUAUCCACGUGAACCCCAUUCAAAUGGUCCCCACUUUAAUGACGAGUUAAAUGAAUGGUCAACAGAUCUUCUGAAUUGUAAAAAUUUAAUAAUGACGCCACAUAUAGGUGGAUCUACUGAGGAGGCACAGAGGAUGAUUGGUAUUGAAGUUGCAACGGCUCUUUAUAAAUUUAUAAGCUACGGAUCCUCGAUCGGCGCCGUGAACUUUCCAGAAGUUGACCUUCGGGCUAUUCAAGUCGCAGAAGAGAAGAACAUUCGAAUUCUUUUUGUCCAUCAUAACGUUCCUGGUGUACUAAAGGAAAUUAACCAACUUCUCUCGGAUCAUAACGUUGAAAAGCAACAUUCCGAUUCACACGGUGAAAUAGCAUACAUGAUGGCAGACGUUUCAAGUGUGGACGACCAUGAUAUUCGCGAGAUCUACACCAACAUCAGUUCCAUAAAGGAAAAUAUACUAACUAGGAUUGUGUAUUAA